AAAACUUACCAUCAAAACUAUAUGAUGAAAUAUGCACUAUCACCUCUAAUAACUAUAUGGAAAAUGACAAUAUGGGAAUAGAAUUUUCAUGUUUAUUGGAAUUAGAUGCUAUAGACAAUCCCCAUAAACUUUCUAAAAAAAUAGCCGAACUUGUUCCUGGAAGUCAUUCAUUCUGGUAUUAUUGUUCCCAAUGUCAAACACUUAACAAAAGACCUCGAAAACAUAAGGAUUUAGAGCAACAAAGAGAUCGUGAUAGUAUGGAACGAUUUGCAUGUGAAGGCACACUUUAUAUUUCUAUUAAUCUGAAUAGCAACUUUGCAAAAAUUCGACUUAAACAUAAUUUUUUGCAUAAACGACCAGAGCGAUUUGAAGUUGAUAAUGUAGUUCAGGAACAUAUUAAGAAAAAUAUAUAUUUAACACUAAGUGAUAUUUAUAAACAGCUAGAGUCAAAUUAUCCUGAUCUUAUGCAAAAGCAAGUACAUGCAUGGUGGAAUAAGUUUAUCAAGGAAAAAUAUGUUUGUGAUAAUAAUAAUCAGCUAAAUUCUAUGAAAGUUCUUCUUGAAGAAUAUAAUUAUUCAAUUGUGCUAGAAAAUAUUACGGAGGGUAUUAAAUAUCUUGGAUUCAUAACUCCAUUUUUUAAUCUAUUAUUAAAAAACAAAGAAAUCGUAGUUGAUGCAACAUUUAAUAUUGAAAGCAUUGAGGAGUUAGAAAAUUAUAAAAAUAGUGACGAUGACGACUCAGAUGAUUUAUAUGAAAAUUAUGAGCUAUAUCUUACUAAAGCACUUGAAAUUGUACGAGAGCAAAAAGCAAAGCAAAAUUAUAAAUGGGCAAAAUCUGUAAAAAGCAGUUUUGCAGGAUUACAAAAAAUAGUAACAGAUAUUGAAACAUAUAAGAGAAGAACAACAAAUCCUUGA